AUGAUGUCUAACAGGGGAUCGAAAUCGAACUCGCUUGUAGCAUGGAAGGCUGUGGUUCUGGGAGGGGUUUGUGGGUACCUUCUCGCCACAUUAACCCAGUCUUUCGACGGCGGAUUGACUAAUGGUUCACAGAGACGAUGGCUCGCAGAGGAGCCAAGCGAAGGUCUACAUCAAGGAGAAGGAAGCGAAGAGGGAGAAGAAGUAAUCGACCCGACGACCAUGGAUGCGACAAUAGCUUUGAUUGUGUUGCUCUUGGUGAUCCUCACGAUCGCCUUUGAGACCAUCAAGGAGUAUAUUGAGGAGGCCGCUGAUCACAACAUGCGGCCAAUUAUAGCGUCUCUUUUUGGAGAAAUGACAGUGCUCGGGUUUCUAUCCGUCUUCACCUUUUGCGUUACGAAGCUCGGCUUCUUCGAAGAGAUAUCGAUCCAUUUAUUUGAAGAGGAUGAAGCCUUGCUCGAAAUCUUCGAAUUUGUUCACUUCAUGCUAUUCUUCAUCAUGGUUUUCUUUGUCACCAGUGUGUUGGCUCUAGUGGCCGGUGCUCAAAGAACUGAAGACAAGUGGUUUAUCUUCGACAUGGCAUGCAGAGAUCCGGAAUACAUGAAAAGACUUGAAGGGUGGGAUAGCAAGGACACAGAUGUAACCCAGGCAGGGUGGUUCAUUUAUUUUCUCAAAACCCUUUUCCCUUUUACUGCAAGUAAGACCGAGGGAUUUCGAAAAGAAUUGAGAUUAUUUCGAGGGCUUCGAACCGAGUUCUUGCUUCAACGAUCCCCGGAACCACCCUUUGAACCAAAGCCAAACAAUCGUGUUCACGAGGACUUCGGUAUGGGGCAGUACUUCAGCGCUUGUCUUGGUCAUGACUUGGCACAUGCAGUCCAUUUGAACCACAUCACCUGGUUCUUCUUUGCUCUGUUGACUCUCGUAUUUUAUAUCAUCAUUGUGAUUGUUGACAAUCAAUUUGCGAUAUUUGCCUGGUUUUGGGUUGGUGCAGGCUGGACAGUGUUCAUUGUUCGCAACAUUUUUGACUAUCAUAUUCAAGGUGUGUUGCAAGGCCUUGCAUCCCCAUCCUCCUCCAAUGGAAUAGCAAGCGAAAGUGAAAACGCAUCGCUUUUGUCUCUUCCAUUGCCUGCUUGGGCCCACUUCAGUUUGGACGAAUACAAUAAUGGGCAGUCGCUGUUCGUGAAGUUUUUGGGUAUUCGGGGUCUUCGUGGAAAAGUUACCCGACAAGAUGCCCUUUACUGGUUCGGUCGCAGCGGACCAAAGCUCUAUAGUGUCGUUUUCCAGAUUCAGCUGGUUUUCACCUCGGCCUAUGUCUCUCUGUUGAUUGUAAGCUUUUUCAAGAUCAUGUACACACAGUGCUCCUCGGCAGAAUGGACGGCAUAUUUGAUUUUGUCGCUGUUACCACUUUACUAUUUGAUUUCGAAGAACCAAGAUAUAGCUGCAAACAUGACAAUCGUAAGCAACUUUGGGGUUCACAGAAGGCCUCAAGUCGUUUCUCAGGUAAUCCGAGACGAGAAGAUCGACCGGAUCAUACGCGCCAUGGCAGUCAUCUUCAAACUUCAGAGAGCCAUCGAGCAAGGAUUCGAUGGGGCGGCAGGGACUAGCCACGGGCACCAUAAUCCCAAUGGCAAAGCCAACUCAUCGGAACUCCAGGAGGUCGCAAAAGCAUUUGACGCCUUGGACCCCUCUAGCGAUGGAAAGAUCGAUAGUAGCGAGCUGUCAAAGAUCUUGGGAAAAUUGGGCCUGCCAGUUUCAGAUAAAAUCACAAAUGAAAUCUUACAGGUGCUCGACGAAAAUGGGGAUGGUGUGAUCGUCAGGGAAGAGUUCCUUGCAUUCUAUUCCCAACAUGUGUCAACCUCGAUGGAUCACCAUGGGAUUCACGAACUAGCUCAUCAAAUGUAUCAUCAAUUUGACAGAGACAACAGUGGCCAAAUCACUCUUGAAGAAUUUCAACGAAUGCUUGAGGCCUUCAAUGUUGGUUUCACGGUGAAUGAAAUCGGCGAUCUAGUGAAUGAGCUUGACGAGCAGAACGAUGGGACGGUUGGAGAGCACGAAUUUGCGGAGCUCUUUGAGAGUCGCGAUUAUUUGUUUGUCCCUCGUAGCCUCCCUUCUCUUGAAUAA